CCUCUUACCUCAACAACACGCUUCGUUCCCAUUGCUGACCAUAUGCACGUCCCGGUCUAUUUUAUUGCCGAGUUCCCUACCGCGUGAUAUGCAGGCCUGUGUGGCUGUGUCCAGACGAGAGACCAACGAUAUUCGUCGCUACUGCAUAUGCCAUGCACUUUUCGUCCAGACAUUUUCGUCCUACUUCCUUCCUACUUGCUACUUGUUACUCGUUGUCCCUUAGUAGCGGUCAUAUCCUUUCUUCUUCUAGAUGGACAACAAUGGCGACGACAACAGCCUGGCGAUCCAUUGGAUUUCGGGCUCAAGUACCGACAGGCCUUCGAUGCACCGAGACAACAUACGAGUCUCAUUUGUCAUUACUGAUGUUGCCAACCAUCUCCAGUACUUACUACUUACUAUAUCCUUCCCCUUUCCGGUAAACAGGAACGUCAGCCCUUUUAAGCCGUGAGAGUGGUUUUUUUUUUUUUUUUUUUUGCCUGUUCCCCAUUUCUCACACCCCCUCCCAUGUCUACGGGUAUUUGUCUUAUCGAGUGACGUUAGGAUACAGAUGGUAUCGGAACUGGUAGGUUAUUUAGGUAGUCUGCUUGCUCGUGCAUGGAGGUGAUCCAUAUACGUAACACCGAGAAGAAGCAAAUAAAACAAAAUAAAAGUUUUCCUUCUCCUUUCCUUCUAGUAUGCAUCUUAAUGGCCCCUUGCAGCAAGCCUGCGUGCGCGUGGGAUAUCUUAUCCGCGGAGAUUCACAAAUGUAUGUCGACCGAAUGGUACCGUCUUUCUUCGCUUCUACCCCGGCUCAAUCAUCAUUGGUAAAGAUCGAAAUAGGUAAAUAAAUCACAAUCUUAUAUCGAAAACCCUAUCGACGUCGCAAAUCAAACGUUAUCGUAUUUAUCAGAAUUUGACGCUUUUAUAUUUAUUUAUUUUUUUUAAGACGUAUCAGUUCUCAGCUGCUUUGACGGCAUGUAGAAUGAAACGGGUGUAAUAGCUCAGCCGCUACCAACGGUACUGACGUCGAUGGCUGGACGACUCGUGUCAAGACGGUAUACGUGAC